AGUCAGGAAAGAAUACGAAUCAGAACGAUGGAUGGAUCAUGAAAAAGAAUCGAAGAAUGACGAUAGUUCCGAUGAGCGAUGAGCAACUCUGAGAGACUCAUUUCGCUUUCGCUUUUCUUCAUUUCUUCGAUGGCGCUCAUGGAUAAAUAAGGUGACGAUGAUGGCAUGAGCUCACGAACCAGAGCUUGAAUGAUGCACAUGAGUCAUCGUUGUUCUUGUUUGAACCCUGUAUGGCAUGAAUAUAUACUAGUGCAACAUUGUAUGGGCGUCUGAUGAUCUAAAGAUGGCUGACCAGCGACCAGCUUUGAGAGACCCAUUUCGCUUCGACUUUCCUUCGUUUAAACUCGCGAACCAUAGCUUAAUUGAUGCGCGUGUUCAUGAGUCACCGCUGCUCUCCUUUGAGCCCCGUAAGGAAGGAUUGUAUGGCAAUGGCCAGUAGAACAAUGAGCGUCUGUUGGUCUAUUGUA